UUUUUUUUUCUUAUUAACGACGACAUCAUCUUCAGGUUCAACUUCUUUCCCCGCCAUACCCUCAACCUGAACCGUCAAGAUGCGAUACAUUCACAGUCUCGAGACCCUGAACAUUCCCGAGGGAGUCAAGGUCUCAAUCAAGUCCCGCAAUGUUACCGUCGAGGGCCCGCGAGGCAAGCUGUCUAAGGACCUGAGCCAUAUCGCCGUCAACUUUUCGCGACCGAAGAAGAAUGUUAUUGGCAUUGAGAUUCACCACGGAUCGCGAAAAGAUGUCGCCACCCUACGAACUGUCCGCACGCUCAUCAACAACUUGGUCAUCGGCGUCACCAAGGGCUACAAGUACAAGAUGCGUUACGUCUACGCCCAUUUCCCCAUCAACGUCAACGUCGAGAAGAACAGCGAGACGGGCAACUUCGAGGUCGAGAUCCGAAACUUCAUCGGCGAGAAGCUCGUCCGACGCGUCGCCAUGCGCCCCGGUGUUAACGUCGAAAUCUCCACAUCCCAGAAGGAUGAGCUACAAAUCCUAGGCAACUCUCUUGAGGAUGUUUCUCAAAGCGCCGCCGACAUUCAACAGAUCUGCAGAGUCCGAAACAAGGAUAUCCGAAAGUUCUUGGACGGCAUGUACGUUUCUGAGAAGAGCAACAUCGAGACUGAUGCUUAAGCGGGAUGGGGCAUGAAUGGUUUGUUUUCUUUCUGGGUCUCAAUACGGAGUCGCCGGGGUUCAUCUGCAUCUCACGUAGCAAGAUAGCUACGAAAAAUGGAACCGAACAUUGACCAAUGUCUUCGUGUCUUUUGAACUAUAAUAUGGUCUUCUUUCAGAUUCGUGAUAUGGCAGAUACCUGCUGUCGUUACUCCCUUUCGCAUGUGCUUCUUCUCGGAAUUUAUAAGUGACUGCAAAGGGAUG